AAACGGUAUGGAUGGACUCUUGCAUAACAAUCCGCAAAUCUGUCCUAUCUGAGCAAUGACUCCCCCACUUGGAGAAUGGGUAUUGCUUACUACUCACUAUGACAUCCUCGGGCUGCCGCGCCCUCCAGCCCUACUCCGACAACCGGAUUUGAAAGCGGCCUACCACCGCGCUCUACUAAAACACCAUCCAGAUAAGUCCGGCUCUUCGACUCCCUCAGAGGACACUUCAUCCGGGCGGACUGCUACUCCCGUCGCCAAAUCGGGUUUCCAAGCCCCCCGAACCUUCACCGUGGACCAGGUGACCAUGGCAUAUAAAGUCCUCUCCAACCCACGCGCAAAAGCUGAAUACGAUCGUUCCCUAUUAUGUCUCGCUAGCGGUGCAGGCGGCCAGCACGCCGUGGAUAGCGAAAGCCAGCCGUUUCGCACCGGAUUAGAGGUGUUUGAUUUAGACGAUAUGGAGGUCGGAGAGGAAUCAGAAGGUGCCGGCUUUUGGUAUCGGGGCUGUAGAUGCGGAGACAAAAGGGGCUUUUUGGUCCACGAAGAAGACCUAGAGAAUGAGAUGGAGAGGGGGGAAAUAAUGGUCGGAUGUCAAGGGUGUAGUCUCUGGGCCAAAGUUCUUUUCGCGGUGGAUGAAGAAGAUGUGCCGGAUGCGGGGAAUGACGAGAAUUGUGUGGACGGCAAGUCUUGAAAAGCUAAAAACAGCCUAUGGGAUCUUAUUUUCGUUUAUGGGAGUGCAAAAUCGGCGGGGAGUCCAUGCUUCAUCGCUUUUUAAGCAAGGCUUCGCCGCGAACGGCCGGACGAAGCAUGCCACGACUUAAGUGGCCCACAAGAAUACUACCUCAGUGUCGAAAGUCAACGCCAGAUCUUCGAUAUCGACGAAGGUGAAUAGCGACUUUUACCGGGUUGAGAGUUUGCAGCGCCGAUAUUCUGUGAUUUCUAGCGGGAACUAGGAUGGAUCUAGAGAUGCCGGAUCGCGCAGUGAGCGAAGUGUUAAAAGACGGAAGCAAAUACGACUUAUCAUCCUUGCAAAGCUUACUAUCCUAAGUGAAAGGAGGGAAGUGAAGGAUGUAUGUACAUAACUGAAGGGUCGUAUAUGGAGGGUUAUAUGUAGUUUUGAAGACUAUGGAGACAGCACCUCAGCCAGGUGUUAUCCCACGCAGCAGCUACAAAGUCUUUGUUUAAAUCCAAAAUGCACGCCGAGUCGCCCAAUGUGA